CCUCAAUGGCGACCGCACGGUUUGAUCCCCGAUCCCACGCAUCGCUUCUGCAUUGGCAUGACUAUUUUGCCUCUCAAUGACCAUCGGGCGCUUAUCUUUGCUACCUUUCCCGGAUUCGGUAGGCUUACGCCCUUCAGCAUCGCUCUCAGUGAAGGGGAACAUCGAUGAGCACCGUUGCUGUGACCCUUAACGGAAGACUCAGUCACCGCCCCCGCCUAGCGCUCCUUCCUCGACGCUGCGCGCGCAGUCCGCUUGAGCACGGCCUGAUCGGCAGGCAUGCACCGCCGAAGUGGAGGAGAUGAUACACCGGACGAGACUGUAAAUGAUUGGCGCGACGGCCAACAUCGCGUCCGGCGCAGUCGAGUGCACGCUUGGCAUGGGCGAGGAUACGCCCCGACGGGGCGCAAGGGACGCCGGGUGAGGAGGACCGUGAGAAGCGAAGCGAGGCUAACUGCGGACAGAGCUGGGAAGAAGGGGCGGCCGUCAUCGCCGACUUGUCGUCGCACAGUUCUCGGGAAUCGUCAUCGACGACCAUGCUUCGGCGUUCUUUCUGAGACGAUACCAAGCGCACAACGUACGAGGAGUACAUCGCUACGAGGAAGACGUUAUCGUGAAACCCUAAGGCAUGUCUGCAAGUCUGAUUUAUGUUGCGAGGGCUAUGGUACCGAAUGUAGUUGCAAUGACCCCGCGCCACCAAAGGGUUUAGACACGUGGACGAGCAUUGCCUUCUUAGUCGCUUUUUCAUGCUCUUGCACCUGCUGCCACACACCGAGAUUGGGCGAUGAGGUGCGUCACCCCGGGUAUGAAUUGGAGUGAUGUAUCCAGGAAUUCUUCCGACUUUCGGAGGGAUGUCAUCGCUAAGAGACGCACCGGGCAAUUGGUAUACAGUCAGCGCGCAGCCAACAUGAGUACAAGGCAAU